AUGGCCAGGAAAAACAGAUCACAAUUUUCUAUUCAAGAAAGAACAGCUAACAAAAGAAAACAAGAGGAUGCACUUCUUGCCAGCGGUACCUUCGAUGAUGUAGGUGAAAUUGCAGCCGACAUGAUAUCUUAUGAAGAGGAAGUAGUAGAGGAAACUCAUCCAAGAAAGAGACGUUCGUCGUCCUGGGAUGAUGAAGAACAAGAUUACGAAUUGAAGCCAAGAGUAUUACAGAACCCGGAAGAGGAUAUGGUGGAAGGUCUUCCUAUUAAAAUCAAUGGUAAGGUCGAAAGAAACCUUUUGAAAAGACAAAAGAAAAAACAUGAAAUUGAGGAAGAAGAAGAAGAAUCUGAGGAAGAAGUCAAGGAAGGAGAACCAAAAGAAGGUACGAAAGCAGUGGCUGAAGCUGAAGAAGAACCUGACACUGAAGAGAAAAUCUUACAAUUGCAAGAAGAGAUUGCUGAGAUGGUUGAAAAUAUUAUGGAAGAUCCUGAAGAGAAUACCAGAUACCUUACCCGUCUUGUUAAAAUGGUCCAAUCUAAAAACCCGAAUACUUGUAAAUUUUCAAUACUUGCGUUGGUUCCUGUAUUCAAUAGUAUUAUGCCAGGUUAUAGAAUCAGACCAUUAAGUGAUAUUGAAAAGAAAGAGAAAGUAUCCAAAGAGGUUUCUAGAUUAAGACAUUUCGAACAAAACCUAGUGGUAAACUACAGGAAUUACAUUGAACGAUUAAAUGUUCUGUCUAAAGUUGCCAAUAAUGCUGAUCCAAUUAAAGUCUCACUUGGUGUUAACGCCAUGCAAGCUGCUAAUGGUAUAAUCUCUAAUGCGUCACAUUUUAAUUUUAGAACUGAAGUUUUCUCAAUUUUAAUUCGUCGUAUUUGUAAACCAAAUCUUCGUGUCGAUCCUAUUGCCCUAACUAUUAUUAAUACCGUUGAAUCUCUAUUUACUGGUGAUGAUGAAGGUAGUAUAUCUGUUGAAAUUGUCAGAAUUUUUUCUAAGGUUCUUAAGAUUAGAAAUUACAUGAUAGAUGAAUCAACUAUGAAUAUCCUUCUAUCGCUUGAUAUUUUACAAGAUUAUGACCCAAAUACAAGGGAUGAAGAAACAGAAAUGAAGUUCAGAAUGAAAAAGAAGGAUAGAGUUCAUUUAUCCAAAAAAGAGAGAAAAGUAAGAAAGGAAAUUAAAGAAAUUGAUGAAGAAAUGCGUAAAGCGGAGCUUGUGGUUUCAGCAGAAGAAAGAGAAAAGAACCAGGCCGAAAUAUUGAAAUUGGUUCUUGCGCUAUACUUGAAUAUUCUAAAAGCUGGUCAUACAAAUCUUGUUGGUGCCGUUUUGGAAGGUUUAUCCAAGUUUGGUAAUAUGGCUAACUUUGAUCUAUUAGGUGAUUUCUUAGAGGUCAUGAAGGAAAUAAUCCUUGACACAGAUCUAACAGAAUUAGCUCCUUCUGAAGUACGGAAAGUAUUGUUAUGCAUUGUUAGUUCCUUUUCGUUAGUCUCGAACAAUAGGCAUAUGAAGAUUUCAGUGGAUCUAUCGACUUUUGUGAAUGCGUUAUAUGCUAUCCUAUUCAAUGUUGCAUUAGAUGCUGAUAUUGAAUUAUCUUAUAAAUCAUUGAGAUUAGCUGAUCCAUUAAAUAUGGAGUUGGUUAAACCUUCCGUCAAUGUUUCGACAAAGGCUGAAUUACUCUUAAAAGCCCUUAAUUAUAUAUUUUUCAGAACCAACUCGGGGACAAGAGAAAGAGCUGCUGCAUUCACCAAGAGGUUGUAUGUUGCUAUUAUGCAUACACCUGAGAAGACAACUGUUGCUGUUUUGAAAUUCAUUGAUAAAUUAAUGACAAAAUACCCAGAUAUUGGAGGGUUAUAUUCUACCGAGGAUAGAAUAGGUAACGGUUCAUACAAUGUGAAUACCGAUAUUAUAUCUAGAUGUAAUUCUGGAGCUGCUACUCUUUGGGAGAAUUCUUUGCUUUCAAAACAUUAUUGCCCUGCAGUAACAAAAGGGAUUAGCUCUUUGGCAAACAAGUCAAAGGAAUCAAACAAAUAG